UGUUUACAAUGUCACAAGAAUUUAUAAUAGAAAAUGGUGAUCAACAAAAUUUGCAUAACAAAAAUGUUGAAAAUGAUCAAACCAAUGCAUCCGAUACUGAAAAGGCCGACAUAUUAAUGCAUUCAGAAGACACACGGCAACCACUCAUUUAUUUAGAUGAUGAUACUUUGAAGUUAAAUAAACAUAUUGAAGAAAGAAUUCGAAAUUUACAAAAGACAAUGUUAUCCUUAAAAAGUGCGUUAACAGAGGAGAAAGAAGCUUGGAGACGGGAAAUAGAAGAAAUGGCUCAGUUAUAUAAGCAUAAUGAAUGUGAUUGUGAAUCAUAUGUAUCUCCAUGUAUUACAGAUUCCGAUAAUGACAUUAAUUAUUAUCCUGAGUUAACUGUCAGUGAAUCUGUUAUGGACUACGAGCAAAAAUUAUCAAUGUAUCAAAGAACAUUAAAAGCGGCUCAAUAUGGAAAACGGUAUCAAUUAAGAAGGCAAUUGGCUGCAAGCGCUUAUAAAAGACGUUUGCUAGAAGUUGAAAACAUGUGCAAUUUAGAAUUAUUGCGAGUAAAACAAAGUGUUCAAUUUUUACAACCACUUCAGCAGCUUGCCUCUGAAUGGGAUUUUCGACACUCGGGAGAAUCAGGAGAUGGAAAUAUGAAAUUUUCGUUAGAUGAUAAUCCAUCCAAUAUUUCAAGUUCCACUUCACAGGCAAAUUUCCAAGAAAAAACUAAUGAAUUCACAAAUGACACACCACCAAUCGAAUGUAUCGGAAGUAUUAUUUACGAUGAAAUGGCUAAACUAGCAAUGGCUAUAAAUAAGCCAAUCAAUUUUAACAGUAAGACCAAAGAACUAUUAACAAAAACUGAAGAGUCUACGUCAACCAUUGAACAAUCUCAGUCUGCUGUUUGGGGUAAUGAUUCGAAUAAUGUAUCAUCUACCAGUACCGUGGGUAGUUUACCAUAGAACUUUUUCCAUUAUUCAAAAUUUUAAUAUGUUCAUUUGUCGUUUUUUUGUAAUAAG